CUACAACAAACACCAAGAAGAAACAAAACCUAUAGCAAAAAAACAGAGAUUUUCACACAGAUAAUCCUCUGUUUUUUUUAUGAAACAUAACAGCAAGGACUGGUCUUUGUUCACCAUGACUAUUGAUCUUCUUCCUCUGUCUCGUUUCUUGGUAGCAAAACUCUCAGGCUCUCGCUUCUUUUCCGAAAAACUCACUUCUUUGGUGUGAUCUAAGAUCAGUAAGUCCCAUACAUACAAUCACUUGAAAACUUUUCUUUCUUUUUUCUUCUUGUUUUGUCCUCUGUUGAAGAGAAUAAUCUCAAUGGAUUCAAUCAAGUUUCAACACUUAAAGAUGGAGAAACCUAGAGGAAUCUUGAACUUGUCAGCUAUAAAGUCUUUCACGAACAUAUUCAGACUAAUCGAACUGAUUCUUGUACUAAUCUUGAUCUCCAAACUCUCUUUCCCAUCACUGAAAAUCUCCUGUGACAGUUUCAAGGAAGCAACAGUGUUUCUCGUUAGCCCUAGCUUCGUUUUCUUCGUCGGAAACGCUAUUGUAGUUAUUCUUUUUGCGAAAUCCAAACGAUACAGCUCCACUCAUGAGACAACAGAAGCCACGAGCAACGAUCUUUACCAAGAACUUCUUUACAAGACUGAGAAGAAGACAUCUGAAGUUCAUAAGACCAAAACAGAACAGUCCAAGAAGCUGAGUGGAGUGAAAAGGGUUAGUUUCGAGAGAAGCCAAUCGCAGAAAGCGUUUGAGGCGGUUCACCUGCAUGGUGGGAAAAUCAUGAGGAGGUAUGAUUCAGAGAAGCAUUUGAAGAUUUGUGAUUCGGACAAGAAAGUAGUGGUGAGAGCAAAGAAACCAGAAGAUAAGAUGAGUAACGAACAGUUUAGGACGAAGAUUGAAGCGUUCAUCGCGAGGCAAAAGAGGAUUCAAAAGGAUGAAGAACACUUGACAUUCUAGAUCCUCUUUGCUAGUGAAUAGUGAAUGUUUGUUUCUGUUUUUUUUUUCUUUCUCUUUUAUAAAACUUGAAUUUCCUAAUCUUGUAACUCUCUGCCUUUCUUUAUCUUACCUUUUGUAAACUGUUUAAGUAAAUAGUAAAAAAUGUAUUGGAUGUUAAAUUUGCUUUGUAAACGUCAAUGAU